CAAACAGUUUCCCUCAUCAAUUUCUUCUUCUUCACCCUUUCAAUUUCUCAUCAAUUUCACCAUGGCUGGAAAUUACUUUAUUACCCUUCCCGCCACCCUCCUCCUCUGCCUCUUCGCCGCCGGGCUGCAUACGUCAUCCGCCCGCCUGGUUCAGGAGCCGCCCACCGUUUUGAAUUACCACAACGGCGUCCUUCUGAAGGGCACCGUCACCGUUAAUCUCAUCUGGUACGGGAAAUUUUCUCCGGCGCAGCGGUCUACAAUCGUCGAUUUCCUCACGUCCUUGAAUUCGUGGAAGUCCAAUUCCCCUUCCGCCGCGUCUUGGUGGAAGAUCACCGGCAAAUACGGAGGCGGCGGCUCCUCAAAUAUUGCCGUCGGGAAACAAAUCUUCGACGAAAAUUGCUCGCAGGGGAAGUCGAUUAAAAACGACCAGCUCCCUUACAUAGCUUCCUGGGGCGGGAACUCCACCGGAACCGUUAACCUUGUGCUGACGGCGACGGACGUUUACGUCGACGGUUUCUGUUCGAACCGGUGCGGGACCCACGGGUCGUCUGCCGGGAAAUCUCGGGCGGUAUACGCAUGGGUGGGCAACUCGGAGAGCCAGUGCCCGGGUUAUUGCGCCUGGCCGUUCCAUCAGCCGAUUUACGGGCCGCAAUCGCCGCCGCUCAUUCCACCGAACGGAGACGUCGGAGUUGACGGGAUGAUCAUCAGCUUAGCCACCGUUUUGGCCGGAGCUGUGACGAAUCCGUACAAAAACGGCUAUUUCGAGGGGGUCGCCGCGAUGCCGCUGGAGGCGGUGUCCGCCUGCACGGGGAUUUUCGGGUCGGGCGCUUACUCGGGUUACCCGGGGCAGGUUUUGGUGGAUAAAUCCACGGGCGCGAGCUUCAAUGCGUAUGGAGUGAACGGGAGAAAGUUCCUGAUACCGGCGAUGUGGGACCCCCAAAGUUCUACCUGCUCUCCCCCGGUAUGAUUCACCCGGUUAGGUGUGUGGGGCCAGCUCGCUUGGGCAUUUACCACAGUAAAAAAUGUUUCAUUAGUGAUGAACAGAUGAAAUGCAAAAAACACCACGCAAAUUCCAAACGCUUGAUUAGUUAAUUUGUCAGUUUAUGAUUUUUUUUCUCUUCUUUUUUACUAGGGAUAAGGGUCAGAUAGGGCCUCGAACUUGGAAAAAAAUGUCAAAUAAGGUCAUAUUUAGGAUGUUAUGUCCGGCUGACACCAUUUGGGGCGGUUCCCGGUGGAAUUUUUUGAUGAAAUUUUUUGAGAAUCUUAUUCAUUAAGUCUAGUUUACUCAUAUCAAAUUUGAACUAACAAUUCAAUCGGGAAAGCAUUCAAAUGAAUUUUUGAAGAUAACUGUGCUUUUAACUGCACAGUUAUCUUCAAGAAUUCAUUUGAAUGCCUUCCCGAUUGAAGUUUUAGUUCAAAUUUGAUAUGAGUAAACUAGACUUAAUUAAUAAGAUUCUCAAAAAAAUUCAUCAAAAAAUUCCACCGGGAACUGCCCCAAAUGGCGUCGGCCGGACAGAGCAUCCUAAAUAUGGCCUUAUUUGACAUUUUUUUUCAAGUUCGAGGCCCUAUCUGACCCUUAUCCCUUUUUACUACGUAUGAUUUAGCUAACGUGAUCCUCUUGUUGCCUGAACAAUGUAAUGAAUAGAAUAUACAGUACGAAAUAUUUAAAUAUAUAUAAAUAUUGAAAAUAGAAAUAAAUAUCCCUUUCACUGAGAGUGAAG